GCGGCAGCAGCACAGCCCCCGUCACAAGUGCUUCUCAAGAGCCGGAGACACGUCGCGUUAGUCCGCUUUCUCCUCAGUGACCCUUCGCCCCCCGCGGAGCCCGCGAUGCUCCAGAACAUGUAGGAUUCGACCGUCUCGGUGUUUUCUUUUCUUUUUUUCUUUACUUCCACCGAAUAGCCUGCGAACUGUGACACCUCCUCUCCGCCUGGUCGGACCCCCAUUCAUCUGGUCGCGAACCCGAGCGGGCGAACUUUUGCGAGAACUACAAACCAAGUGUCGAGACCCGCCGUUUGCGAUACCCCGGGACCUGACGCCAGACCCGCCAUGAGUGAACAGAGUAUCUGCCAGGCGCGAGCCGCUGUCAUGGUGUACGACGAUGCCAAUAAGAAGUGGGUCCCAGCCGGUGGUUCCACUGGCUUCAGCAGAGUCCACAUCUACCACCACACAGGCAACAAUGCCUUUCGCGUGGUGGGACGCAAGAUCCAAGAUCAUCAGGUGGUGAUAAACUGUGCAAUCCCCAAGGGUCUGAAGUACAACCAGGCCACUCAGACCUUCCACCAGUGGCGUGACUCCAGACAGGUCUACGGCCUCAACUUUGGCAGCAAGGAGGACGCCAACGUAUUUGCCAGCGCCAUGAUGCAUGCCCUGGAGGUGCUCAACUCCCAGGACUCUGGCCCCACAUUGCCCAGGCAAGGCCCCCAGGUUCAGAAUGGACCCACACCAGAGGAGAUGGAGCUGCAGAGAAGGCAGCUUCAGGAGCUGCAGAGGCAGAAGGAGAUGGAGCUUGAGCGUCAAGAGAGGGAGCGUCAGGAACACGAGCAUGAGCGCCUGGAGCGAGAGAUGCUGGAGCGAGAGCAGGAGCGCGAGCGUCAGGAGCGGGAGCAUCAGGAUAGGGAGGCGCAGGCGGAGAGGGAGCGACUCGAGCGUGAGCACCAGGAGCAGCAGGAGCGCACCGAGCGUGAGAUGAUGGAGAGGGAGAAGGUGGAGAGAGAGCGGCUGGAGAGAGAGCAGCAGGAGCAGUUGGACAGAGAGCAGCAGGACUGGGAGAGGGGGAGACGCGUCUCGAAUGCCGCUUUUGAAAGCACCCUGUACAGUCCCACACCUCAGGAGUACAGUAGAACAUCCUCAACACCCGUAUCUCCAUCCACACCCACCUGCCCUGCUCCUGGGACUUCAUUAUCGUCAUCAAACACCACACCCCCAACCCCGCCACUCAGGCACUCUGCGUCCCGAUUCGCCACCUCCCUCGGUUCUGCGUUCCACCCGGUACUUCCUCACUACGCCACAGUUCCGAGGCGACAGCAGGCCCUCCCGCAGGCCCCGCCCCCUGCUCCGGCUCCGGCCCCUGCUCCACCCAAGUCUGUGGUGUGGUCAGCGUGCAACUUUACGCCCUUGCCUCCAUCACCCCCAGUCAUGAUAAGCAGUCCUCCAGGCAAGGCCGCAGGUCCUCGGCCACUCAUCCCCAUCGCAGCACCUUCCCCUCUGACCCAGAAGCCUCCCUCGCCAUCCCCCAACGGCCCACCCAUGUUUCCCGCACCCUCUCCUUUGACCAUCAUGCACAGCCAUAUUCCGCUCGGCAUCGCCUGUCCAACCCCACCACCCCCACCCACCCCACCCCCUCUCCCCUCCCCUGUAGCUCCCCAUCCGUCUUCCUCCUUCGCCUCGUCUCCCCCCUCCUCAUCCCAGGCUCCUGGUGUGCCCUCUCCCUCCACAGCGUCCCUUGCUGCUGCAGCCACUGCCGCCACCUCUGCCUCUGUUGAGCACCUCUCCCUCCCCCUGGGCCUGGGCCUGUCGGGGCCGGGGGAGCUGGACACAGCUGCAGGCCCAGAGUCCCAGCUGCCUCAGGGGGGCUUCUCCUGUCAGCCCCAGGACGUGGUGCAGACCCCGGGUUUGACCACCCCCACUCCUCCCCCACCACCACCACUGCCACCCAGCUCCACUGUGACCUCGGCGACAGCCACCCCCAUCACACCGGCCGCCCACCCUCCUCCGCCCCCUCCUCCUCCUCUCCCUCCCACGCUGACCCCAUGUGGGACGCCCCCCCCACCACCAGGUCCUCCUCCUCCUCCCGGGAACCCACCUCCUCCCCCAGCACCUCCUCUCCCCGCCGGGCUGUUCUCCCCCACUGAGGACCGUCCCCUCGCAGGCCUGGCCUCCGCCCUCGCUGGAGCCAAGCUGCGCAAAGUGUCAAAGAGUGACGAUGCAGCGGCAUCUCUGGCAGCAGCCAUUUUGGGAGCUGGAGGGGCUGCAGGGGCCAAAUCUGAGGCCAGAGGCAAUGGCCCUCUGCCUGGAGGAGGAGGCCUUAUGGAGGAGAUGAGUGCCCUGUUGGCCAGGAGAAGAAGAAUUGCAGACAAGGGCUCGUCACCUGAACCUGACCAGAGAUCAGAGGAGGGUGAAAUGAACACAACCCCUAAAGUGUCAGCAUGUAGCACACCAGACAUGCCCAGGAAGCCAUGGGAAAGAACAAACACCAUGAAUGGUAGCAAAUCUCCAGUCAUUGGAAGACCUAAAUCCACUCCUACACCGACUGGAUCCUUAACUGCCAACGGUGUGCCAACAGAAGCUGUCGACUACGACAGAUUGAAACAGGACAUUCUGGAUGAGAUGAGGAAGGAGUUGUCGAAGCUAAAAGAAGAGCUCAUUGAUGCAAUCAGGGAGGAGCUGGGUAAGUCCAGCACGGCGUAGAGGAUCCAAAUCUGCUGUUCAGAACAUCUCCACCAACGUGACCCAAACACAGACAUCUAAAUGGUCGAUCGAAGGCGUGACGAAACAAACGACGGAGCACAACGGCGGCAAACGGUGGAGACGGAGAUGAUGAUGAUGAUGAUGAUGAUGAUGAUAAUGAUGAAGAUGACGACAAUAAUCCUAUUAAUACUGACAGACGACUAUAUCUGGGGUGGAGAGGCUUUGGACAGAACGACAGUGGACGGGGUAGUGGUGGAAAAGGCUUGUAACGCUGACGUAGCUGCGACUCAUGGAAUCCAUUCUGCAAAGUCUUGUGUUCCCGCGGCCCCCGAUCCCCCCCCCACCUCCUCCUGGGCUGUUCUGACAGAGAAGCGAAAGCCCUUAUGCAACGCAAGCUCUCUCGCUCUAUCAGUUAUUAUAAAAGAAACGACUAAUAAACACACAGCAAAAUAAAACCGAACUCUUCGAUGAGUGCCAAUGAACAACCAUUGGCGCGUGAGUGAACGGCAACGUUGACGCUCAGAAUCAGAACUCUUGUGAUUUACUAUCAAAAAGCACGUUUUAAUAUUAAGCGAUAGCAGGAAGGUGGGGAUGGAAAAUAAAAACUUUAUUUCCCAUAAUGCCAUAGGGGUAGCGUGCGUGUGUGCGUUAGUGUGUGUGUGUGAGUGAGUGAGUGUGUGUGUAUGGGGGACUUGACAGUCUCCGGUGAAGUCCUCCACUGCAGGACACUGUAAAGCUUGUCUUCCUAAAAUACUAUUUUAACCUGAACAUGUACAAAAGAGAGAAAAAGUUAUUUAGAAAACCACGUAUCUAUCGACCAUGUCAGUCUCAGUGAAGAUCCACGGCCAUUUCGAGUAGCUCAAUAAUCCAGUCUUUAAAACAGGAUGCUCUCUCUCUCGUCUGUCUCUUCAUCUGUGAAGUCAUCGUCACACGUGUUGUUUCCCCCGUGAAGUGGGCGACAUUAGUGUGGAGACAUUUUACCGUCACGCUCAUUGACCAUGGACAGACGUGUAGAUAGGAAGGACUUUCUUCCUGUACGUUUUGAUUUGAACACUGUCUCUCUCUCUCUCUACCCCUUUCUUUGUCAGUCUCCGUCAUGCCCGUCACUCUUAGGUCCUCCGUUUGGUGCACGUGCACUCUUUUUUUUUUUUUUAUGAGGUGAGGGUCACAAGUCUGCCACGAAAUCGUAUUAACUGUAAUAGUUUUAUUACAAGCAAUAAGUGUAGCAUCUAUUGUAAAAGCCAGAGUCCCAACUCCACAAGACAUGUUUCAGUGUUUGUCCUUUCUGAGCCCUUUGCUGGCCACAUGUUACCGUGUGACACUAUACCACUGCUUGUAUUACAGAUUUUCUGUGAAACUGAAGGCGACACUGUAAGAAAGGAUUUCAUGGAAUUUCUCAAUAUACUCUCCUUUUAUUUUGGAAAUUUUUCUUGCUAUAAAAAAUCCAAGAAUAUUGUACAUUUAGCCACAUUGGAGCUGAACUGUUUUUAUUUUACAACAUUUAUACAAGAAAAUACUUUUUAAAGGAGCACAGGUCAACCCAAAUGUGUAAGUGAUGAUGUCCAUGUGAGGACGUGAAUGUGCCAUUUACCUUUUCACCAGUGUUUACUGACGUUUGUUUCACCGUUUUGUCUUUGCCUUUUCUUUCCUGCCACUGUCAUAUCCUUAAAACAGAAACUGUCUUUUCCCUCAAUGUAUUACAUAUAUAUUUAUAUAUAUAUAUAUAUAAGGGAAGUGUCACUAUAUUCUAAAAAACACUUUGGUUUCAACAUUUUUGGUUCUGAGCUGAGUUUGUUGAGUACAAUCCACCUGAGUGGGACACGUUGGGAGCUGAGACUGGUGUUCAUAAACUGUAGCUGUUGCACCAAGCUUGUAUGUCAAAGUAGCAGAAAAAAGUCCACGUUAGUCACAAUUCUGUUCCCUCCGGACCAGGGACAGCCGCACUAAUACAAUCAAACCUCAUGACUCGCUAACAGCCACUUUACAGUGGUGUCUGCAGGACACAUGUAAUAACAACCUUUUGACCUUCAAGAGGAUUCCUACGUGAUAUGAUAUCCUGAAAAGGUUUUAAAGUUAUGCUUUAAGAAAUUUAGCAACUACAGAGUUUAUUUUGUGAUAUUCUAAUUGUUACCAACAUCAAACUGAGGAGUUACAACGCAAUACAGAGUGUAUAUCAUCACAGUAGCUCAAUCUUAGUGUAACAUGUCUGGCCCCUUUACAAUAGUCAGAGUAUUUAGCCCCUUUUCUACAUGAGCUAACAUCUGGCUUUUGUCUGUAAUGGGAAUGGAUGCAGUUGGCUUUUACUUGCUGGUCAAAGGACUCUGCAGUGAACGCAGGUUUUAAAUCGGCUCAGAUCGUCACUGACGGAAGGCUGGCACCCGGAUGAACACCCCAGUGAGGUGAGAGAGCGCCUGAGUUGUCUGUGCCGCUGGAGAUGUUGAACCUAAUGUAAAAGACAGAAAGGAAAACUCCUACUUGCAAUGGGAAAGAAGUCAAUCACCCUUUUGUAGCAGCUUCACCGCGUUUUAAAAACCUGUGUAUACCUGCUAAUUUUGGCAUAGAAUAAGUAAAGGUAGCUGUAAGGGGUUUAUGUAGUUGUGAUUUAGUUUCCAUAUUAGGUACAACUGCAGUGUCAUACCUAAUACCUUUGGGUUGAUGGGGCGGGUCGAAGGCACGGUACAAGCAAUCAUGAAAACGCCAUUAGUUCCCAGAAUGCUACUUAAUAGUGUCUUUUCACGCCUGGUGAACACCCACGUCGAACUCCACAUCCCCAGUUUGCUCUGGUUUUUGAAGUCACCCAGCCUUCAACACUGCAUUAUUUUUCAGUAGACAGAUUUUUGAUGGGUAACAUGACACAUUGGAGAAUUGGCUUACAAGUUAUCAUAUUGCAUAGCUGUUAAACCUGGUAUCUGACCAAAAGGUUUGUUAAUCAGAGGCUGCCUGCUGAACUGUUCAAGGGCUUGGAUGUUACUGCUUUGUUAAAAAACUGAGAAAAAGGAUUUCCCCCUCAGUUUCUGUCAUUUGCUUGGGUUUGGGUCAAAUUUGUUUAAAAGAAAUACUGUGGUUAAAAAAAUGCUUUCAAUUCCAGUUGAUGCGUACAGAUGCCGUCAUUGUUUGGUUUGACCGGAGGUUUUGGCAUCUGUUGCAACUGGUGUAUUUCAUCCUCCAACUCUCUGUCGAUGAAGCUGUGUCAUCCUUUCAUCCACCUUUCCAAAAAAAAAAAAAAAAAAAAAAAGCUGUAGGCACAUCUGGCCAAGAGGCUCCUUGUCCUGAGUGUUUACACAGCAUUGAUUGCACUUUACAAGAAAAACCCCGCAGAGCAAACCAACGUACUCUGACAACAGUUGCUUAAAGCCUCUGUCCCCAACAGUUGUGGCUAUCUCACCAAAGGAUUCAGACCGGCAGUCUCCUGCUAAACACGAUCACUCAACAAAGUCGCCUUUCUUAUUUUUGUAUCAUUUUGUCAAGAGGUCUGAAAGCAGAAAGAUGUCCAUCUCCAUAUUCAGUCCUUUGGACGCGAUGGUAGGUGAAAUGUCUUGAAGCUAUGUGGUCUGUGCCUUGCUCUAAAGUUGCAUUUAUAUGUUAAAGAUAUAAAGAUGAGUAGUAAUAAUAAUAUCUAGGGACUGUAAUUAUGAUCACAUACGGUUAUAUUUUUGUUUCUCUUUCAUCAUUUGAUUCGAAGGGAGAGUUCAGUGACCAUGGUACUGUUCCUCACCAGGAAAACAUCUUUGCAGAUCUUGUUUUUUUUUUUUGUUGUUUUUUAUUUUUACAUAAAUGUCGUUUCUUGCUAUACAGCUCAGAAGUUCAAUCAAACCUUUUGUGGCUUGUUCCAGUUCAAAGAUGAUCUUUGCUCUGAGAUGAUUUUUCUAAACCAAGUCCCGAUAAGUCUGGCUGCAGUGUUCUGUGUUCCCUCAUGCCAUGUAAAUGUCACAGAGACAGUUCGUGUUCAGCCCCUUUUUUUUUUUCUUUUCUACAUACUUGGGAAUCUCUGAGAAAAAUCUGUUGGGCCCUUUGCAGCGAGGUCUGCUCUAUGUUAAUGUAGGGUCGCUGAUGGAAACAUGUAUCUUUGUCCGUUUUCUGCUGAAGGAGCUGGAAGGUUUGUGAAAUUGCAGGCGGAGUAUUUGCAGAGAGGGAUUUGGGCCGAGGCAAGUUUGGUGGAUGGUUUUCCAGACUUAUUCUUUUAUCAUCUGCAUUGUACCAUACUGUUCUCACGUUAAUAAGUCUUUCAUGCUAACAUACUGUUUUGUUUGAGCAAAUGAAAUAAAAAAUUGCAAUAUA